AUGGCCCACCUCGCUGUACUGGCCCUCUACACCCAACUGCUCACCUACGCUAUCCAGUUCCUGCAUGUCGAUACCUCGGACACAGUCCACAAAUGGGCCUCGUACAGUGUCGCCAUUGCGGCCAUCCUCUUCACCGUCAAGCUCUUAGACGAGCGGCCAUCGGCGACUCGUAGAAGGAAGCGCGCCGCCGUAUGGGCCCGGGUGCAGGCGCUAGUGCGCGACGGCCUCCGCAUCGACACUCCUUCCAAGACCACAACCGUCCCUGCGCCUCUCCCCGACGCAGACCGUACAGAGGAGCUCCUCGGUGUGCUCGCAUCGUUCCCUGUCGCGCUCCAGCACCACCUGUUAGGCACACGUGCGCUGCCGCACCCCCCUCUGUGCGAUCUCUUGCCCGCCGGCUACCUCACCAGUCUGAAGCGUACCGAGGCCCGUGUGCGGUUCGCCGCUGUCCAUGCUGGGCCCUCGGGGUCUGGGUCGCCGCAAAAGCCCACUAUCGACGGCGCACGUCUGCAUGCGAACGGUCUCAGCAGCAGCAGCAGUAGUCCCAAUGGGAAUGGUACGAGCAACGGCAACGGCAAUGGCAAGGCACCCAACAGCGAUGACGAGGGCGGCGACGACGACAAGUCGCUGGUGGCGCCCUUGACGCCCAGCAAAAAAUCAAACCUCCACACGCCACACCCGUCCAACAUGCCCCUCGCGCUGCUGCGCCUCCUCGAGGCGUACAUUAUGGGCUUUGUCGAGCUCCCGACUGACCGUGGUGGAUGGACGGCACUGCAGGGGAACCGCGCGCUGGACGUGGUCAAGGGCCUGAACGCGUGUCUCAGCGAAGCAGAGGGCGUGUAUGCGGACCCGCAGCCGAUGAUCACCGUUCGGCUGUGUCUCAACGUCUUCCUCUUUGUCCUUCCCCUAUGGCUCGUGUGCCUUCUGCGCGGCUGGCUGGCCAUCUUCGCCACAGUCAUUGUCGGUGCCCUGGCCAAGUUUGUGCUCGAGGCAGUCUUAUCCGAACCCGAGGCCACUUCCUCCAACCACCCCCUGCACAAAGCCACCGUGGCCAUGGUGCAUGAGUCGCUGGACACGUGUCCCGCGCUGGCACGAUACUACCGCAGGCGCCUCAUAGCCCGUCUCGGCGGCGACAGCCACGAGGUCGUCGAGCUUGACCGCCGGAUUCGCCGUCGCGACGAGUGGCUGCCGACGUUUACAUGA